ACCCCAUUCAGGUGCGUAGGAGUUCUGCUUUUUGUUCCUUCCCAAAGCUGCUGGUGUACGACUGCACACACGGGACACAGAGAGGCAGCUUGGACACAUGUGAAAAUUCAUUUAGGAGCGGAAAACCUCCCGGCGAGGAGGUGGACGACAUUCCACCCUCACAGGCAAGUUUCCACUUGGAAACUCUGAGUCGCCGCCCUCUCUUUGCUUCGUUGGGCAGCAGUUUCAUGAACAGUUGGUGCACUGUAAGGACGCCGAGUGGAUGCAAGAUGGCCUCCCAGCGGCUCUAUUUGAGACUUUUGGGGCUGGCUGUGAUGCUGACUUUCAUUGCUUUCAGAGAUGUUUCCAGUGACAGCAGCCUGCUCAGGAUCUUAAAGAGACGAGAUGUGGCAGGAGCUGCUUCUGCCCCCCCGGGGGCCUCCGUUGCCGUCCCUGCUUCCAAAGCCCUGGACUUCCUGGGAAAACUGAGCAGAACAAAGAGGAACCUUUGGGAUCGCAGCAGACCAGACGUGCAGCAGUGGAUCGCUCAGUUCAUGUCCAUGGGGUUCGAUGAGCAGAGGCUGGAGACCGACCUGUCGUACUGGAUGGACCAAGCUCGCUCCAGAGACCAAGGUCGUCAACACCAAUACGAUGAAAACGCCCCCAUCGGCCCGCGGGACCACGGUUCUUACAGGCACGGCGCCAACGUCAACUACGACUACUACUGACUGUGAUGUGUCAGUUUAACGCGAGCCGCGCGGCGGGGGAAGGGAGGGGGGGGAGCGACACCCUCGUAAUGCCGCAGCUGCUGUGGCAGUAUCACCAAUUAUCUCAAAUUAGCCAUCGAGCGCUGACAUGAAAACACCAUGUUUGCUAUUUACGUUUCUCAAAGCACUGUUUGGAGGCAGCUGAUUGCAUGUAAUGCUGUUCAAAUCUGUGGCUUAACUCUCUUUUCACUACAUUAUUGCAAAUAAAGGCGUGGCUUUAAACUA